AUGGAAUUCAGGCCUUUUAUGUGCAGAGGUCGGAAGAAGAAAAUUGCCAUUCUUCUGGUUAUCUUAGCUUUUCUUAUUAAUGCGAUGAUAUUCGUGAGCAUUGAACUGUUAAAUACGAUUAAAAUGCGCCAUAAAAAUCUAUGGUAUAAUAGAUUACACUAUGAUCAAGACUCCUAUGUUGAUAAAAGUGGUAUGAGAGUUAUUGUUGGGCAUUAUGUUGGUGGUAAUUCUGGAGGCAAUUUAUCUGAAGAAAUUAUAAAUGCAAAUAAUUACUCACCUGUGGAAGGGGCUGGUGAUGGUGGUAGACCUGUUCAAUUAUCACCUAGAGAGAUAAUUACAGCAAGAGAGCUUUAUGCUUUACAUUCCUAUAAUAUAUUGGUUGGUGAUAGAAUUUCUAUAAACAGAAGUCUUCCGGAUAUGCGCAGUGAUAGCUGUAAAAAUGUGCAAUAUGAUAUGGGGAACCUACCUACAGCCAGUGUUAUUAUAGUAUUCCAUAAUGAAGCAUGGUCUACUUUAAUGAGAACUGUAAUGUCUGUGAUCUUGAGAUCCCCCCCUGUUUUAUUGAAACAGAUAAUUCUUGUAGAUGAUGCAAGCGAAAGAAAAUAUUUGGGUAAAGAGUUAGAUGAUGCAGUGUUUGAUUAUGAGAAAGUACACAUAUUGAGAAGUGUAGAGCGGAAAGGUCUUGUUGGUGCUAGACUAAUGGGUGCAAGAACUGCAACCGGAGAUGUGUUAGUGUUUUUAGAUGCUCAUUGUGAGGUGACGCGAGGCUGGCUUGAACCGUUACUGGAUAGGGCAGGCAGCGACGAUGUCUUCAUCUGUCCACACAUCGACCUGCUCUCCGAGGAUACACUGGCGUACACGAAGAGCAUCGACGCCCAUUGGGGCGCGUUCAGCUGGCGGCUCCAUUUCCGCUGGCUGAUGCCGAGUGCCGAAGUGAUGGUGCACAAAGCGGAGAACCCCGCCAAGCCGUACCCGACGCCGGCGAUGGCGGGCGGUCUGUUCGCGGUGCGUAAAAGCCUCUUCUGGCGGUUGGGGGGCUACGACGCUGGCAUGCUCAUUUGGGGCGCCGAAAACCUGGAGCUCUCGUGGCGCGCGUGGCAGUGCGGCGCCAGGGUCGAGAUAACCCCUUGCUCGCGAGUGGGGCACAUCUUCAGGCGGCACAGCCCGUACAAAUACCCGGGCGGCGUCUCCAACGUGCUGAACUCUAACCUCGCGCGAGCGGCGUCAGUGUGGAUGGACGAGUGGGCGGACUUCUUCUUCAAGUUCAACCCGGCCGUCGGCGCGAUGCGAGACCAGCAGAAAGUUGGCGAUCGCGUGGCGCUCCGCGAAAAGCUCCAGUGCAAGAGCUUCGAGUGGUACCUGACCAACGUGUGGCCGCAGCACUUCUUCCCUGCCGAGGGCCGGUGGUUCGGCAGGGUUCGAAACGGGAAAGGCGGCUGCAUAGGUGUCGUGUCGGGGACCCCCGGCUUGGGGGGUCCCGCGUCGAAAGUGCGCUGCGGCAGCGACCUCGACCUCGACAGCCUCGUAGUGUACACGCCGCAGGGGAAGAUCAUGGCCGAUGAAGGGCUGUGCUUGGAGCAGGGGAACGGCAGGGCCGUGUGGAAGAGCUGUAGCGACAGCAGAAAGCAGAUCUGGAAGCAAGAGGGCGCUCGGCUGAAGACGGCCGACGGCCUUUGUCUGACCUUCGUGUUCAACGGUAGCACCGAUCCAAGUGAUAUUCCGUUAACGUCGAAACGGUGUAUGAAGACGGACGAACAAAUUUGGCACUUCGAACGGGUGCCGUGGCGG